UAAUUAAAAUCCAUAAUAUAUUUUUCCUGCAAAUAUUUAUGAUAAUUCAUCUUUCUUCAUUUCAAUUUUCAUAUAAAAGUUCCAUAUUGAAGCCAGUUCGCUGAGGAUGAACAUGAUCAAGUUUCACAUUGCAUGCCUUGCGCCAUCCGCAGGCCUGGCAAAUUACUCCAGACAGAACAAUGAAUAUUCAGAAUGUCGAAAUCGAUGUAGUAACGCCUCCGACCAAAAGAGGCGCUCAAGGUUAAUCGAGUAAAAUAAGCACGAAUGUAGUAUGCAUUGUUAGAAAGCAAUCUGUCAUAACUGGGGUUGGUCUAACGAAAUGUUAAUUAGUCACAAGUCAGAACUGUUGCAAAUAGUCUCAUGGUCGUCUUAUAUAAUUAUAAUAAUUUACAAGUCUUCGCUUCCAUAGUCCUCACAUGAACGGAAGACCGGACCUUUCUUGUUUACUUCCGCAUUUCCAUGCUAAAACCCGCCUUCGUGAAUUUGAUUGGCUUCCUUGCAAAAAAUACCCUUGCUCUUUCUUGAUGAUUGGACGGCAACUGUUAUGUCAGUUGAAUGACGUGACGCAGCUGGCUCGGCAAGGAAACAUGCGACGUCAGUUCUUCUUUGUAGGAUCCGUUAAGAAACGCAAGGAGGGCUGAGCUGUGUAAUAAUUACAGACACUCCCGAUGGAUUCUUCAUGUUGAUCCCAGGUUUUUUGAAGCUGAGUCGGCCAGUGGUGCGUUUGAGGAGACUGGCAGCUCAGCUGGGCAAAGUAGCGAUGUCCACCGCCGCAGCUAAUGGAGAGGCUCCUACUGCGGCCAUCCUCAUCAUCGGAGAUGAGAUACUCAAGGGCCACACGGUGGACACCAACAGCGCCUUCCUUACGCGUGCAUUGCGGAAGCUCGGCGUGUCCGUGCAGCGCAUAACAGUCAUCCCGGACGUCCAGGAGGUCAUCGCCAAAGAAGUGGCUCUCCUUUCUUCCCAGCACACCCACCUCAUUACUUCCGGAGGCAUCGGGCCCACCCAUGACGACGUCACAUUUGAGAGCGUUGCUAUGGCCUUCCAGGAGGAGGUCUAUCCCCACCCUGAGCUCUCACGGCUGGUGAAGGAAUUCUUCGGGGUGGUGGACAAAGGCAGCCCAGCCAUGAAGAUGGCCAUGGUGCCCAGAUCAGCCAAACUCAACUUCGGAACAGAUGCUCAGACAGGAAAACCUCUCCGCUAUCCCUUGGUGAGCGUGCGUAAUGUAUACAUCUUCCCAGGGAUCCCAUCUCUAAUGGAAAGAGCCUUUCAUGGGUUGGAGCACCUCUUUGCGAGUUCAGGAACCACAUUUCACACUCGUGAGGUGUUUGUGGCUGAGGAUGAGGCCGGGAUUGCCCCCUUGCUCACCAAACUGCAGGCCUCCUGGGGCCACAAGGUGGCCCUCGGCUCUUACCCUGACUGGCUGAGCAACUACCACCGAGUCAGGCUGGUCCUGGACUCGGACAGCCAGGAGGAGGUGGACAAAGCUCGGGCACAGCUGAUUGAGGAGCUGCCUAAGGGAAGCGUGGUGCCUUUAGUGAAGGACCCGGUUUCCAUCGCCACUGCUGAAGUGUACAUGUUGGCCAACAGCGGCACACCGCUGGGCGAGAAAGUUGCGUCCGCGCUGAAAACAGUCGAGGCGGCGCUGGAUCAGUAUUCCAUGGAGGAAGUCUGCGUCGGCUUUAAUGGAGGCAAGGACUGCACAGCGCUGUUGCAUCUCUACUACGCGGCGCUGAAGAGGCGCUACCCCGACAGUAAAGACAAGGUGAAAGCUCUUUACAUUCGCAUUGUCUCUCCAUUCUCCGAAAUGGAGCGGUUCCUUCAGGAUACUAUAAAAAGAUACGACUUGGAUCUGUUUUCUGUGGAGGGCAGUAUUCGGCAGGCGCUAAGCGAGGUGCAGGAAAGGAGGCCCGAGCUGAAAGCCGUCUUGAUGGGAACCAGGAGGAGUGACCCUUACUCUCACACGCUAACCCCCAUGUGUCCCACUGACCCUGACUGGCCGUCCUACAUGAGAGUCAACCCUUUACUGGACUGGACUUAUCAUGACAUUUGGUCCUUUAUGAGGACGUUAUACGUUCCCUACUGUAUUCUGUAUGAUAAAGGGUACACGUCACUGGGUAGCAUGGACAACACGUGUCGAAACGCGGCACUGCAGGUGGUCGAUGGCAGAGGGGUAAAGCGCUACCAGCCAGCCUAUCUAUUAGAAAAUGAAGAAGAGGAGCGGAACUCUCGUGUCUGACACUUUUUCGUGUGGACGUGGGUUUUUUGUUGUUGUUUUUUAAACUCCAUUCAGUAGAUGAAAUAGCCAGAAAAGAAGACUGUGUUUGCGUAAUUACGAUUGUUUUUGUGUUAAUGAUCCAUAAGCUUUUUCGCUGCUGAAUAAAGCAUCAAUCAAGUCGUCUUUUA